CAAGCUUAAUACCUUUCUCUGCCUUGGCCGGAGGUACAUGUAUGGGCUUAUUCCCAGUUCUCUCGAUGUCCGUCUUGGUGCAGUGCUAGAGAGCAUCUUCGAUCCCGUCCUCACAGCCCAAGAUGAGCUCCCCCGAGCAGCCGGACAAGAAGGAGGCGGCCGUCUUCGGAGACCCGGUUGCCGUCGACGGCACAACCAUAAGCCAUGACCCAGACGUCCUGGUCAACGCGUCAGGCCACGCCCAGGAGCUCUCGCGCCGUUUCAACCUGCUCUCGCUCGCCGGCGUGGGCAUCACGGUGGGAAACGUGUGGCCGGCAAUCGGCGGCACCAUCCUGGUGGCGAUAUCCAACGGAGGCCCGCCCGGUGUGCUGUAUGAGUUCAUCGUCGUCUCCUUCUUCUACUUCAUGGUCGCCGCCAGCCUGGCCGAGCUGGUCUCUGCGAUCCCCAGCUCGAGCGGCGUUUACCACUGGGCAUCCAUCACGCCGGGGCCCAAGUACGGGCGCGCCGUGGGCUUCUUUGCGGGCUGGUGGAACUACCUUGCCUGGACGAUGGGUGCAGCCAGCAUGGCGGCUAUCUUUGGCAACACCAUCGUGCAGAUGUACGCCGUCAACCAUCCUGCAUUCGUCGCGCAGCCGUGGCAUGUGUUUGUGGUAUACGUCAUCUCCGCCUGGCUCGGGUGUGCUGCCGUGUGCCUGGCCAACUCGGCGAUGCCGCACCUGAACAAGAUCGGAAUCUUCACCAUCCUGGCCGGCUUCCUCAUCACCGUCGUCGUCGUGGCGGCCAUGCCCGGACACGACGGCCGCCCACCGCACGCCACCAGCGAGUUCGUCUGGAAGCAGUGGACCCAGGCUCUGGGCUACCCCGACGGCUUCGUGUUCGUCGCGGGCAUGCUCAACGGCGCCUACAGCAUCGGCGCCGUCGACGUCAUCACGCACCUCGCCGAGGAGAUCCCAAACCCGCAGAGGAACGUCCCCAUAGGGAUGGCCUUGCAGCUGAGCAUCGGCUUCACCACCGGGUUCUGCUACCUCGUCGCCAUCAUGUAUGCGAUCAGCGACCUUAGCCUGGUGGCAGAGUCGGCCUACCCCAUAGCAAAGAUCUACGAGCAAGCCACGGGGAGCGCGGCGGGGGCAAGUGGGAUGCUGGCACUGAUCAUGAUAAACAUUGGGCUGUGCGUUGUCGGCCUGUUCAUCACGACCGGGCGCACACUUUGGACCUUGGCCCGGGACGGCGCCGCCCCCUUUCCCGGUUUCCUCGGCAAGGUGGAUCACAGGUUGGACAUGCCCCGGAACUCGACCUUGACAACGGCUGUGCUCGUCACGAUCCUCGGCUGUAUCUACGUCGGCAGCACCACGGCGUUCAAUGCGCUGAUUGGGUCGACGAGCCUAUUCUUCUCCAGCUCAUACAUCGCCGUUCUUCUUCCGCACCUCAUCACGCGCAGGAAGGGGAUCACGUACGGCCCCUUCAGGAUGAGAGGGUGGGUUGGCUUCCUGGUGAACGGCCUGGCUUGUGCGUAUUUGAUGGUGUGGUUUGUGAUAUACUCUUUUCCGUACUUCCUGCCCGUCGACGCGCAGAGCAUGAACUAUGCGUGCCUCAUUUGGGGAGGGCUGACAACUAUUGUCGGACUGUGGUGGUUAUUUGGCGCCAGGAAGGGAUACGAAGGCCCUCAGACGACUGGCGGUCUGCUCGAGGCGGAGAAGGUUUCUGGUAGCUAGGAGCAUUUAACCUGCAGAGUUCCCAAUGGUCAGCAAAUAUGAUGGAUAGUUAUGUAGAAAGCGACACAUGAAUACACUUCGAA